UUGUUGAAGGAGUGCUUCUAUCUAGGGCUGAGGGUGUUUAUAUAUGGUCGGAUAUGCUGAAGUUAGUAGAAAACGAGGAGAAGUUCUUCGAAUAUCCGUGGGGCCUUCUUUCAUAUCAGAAGUUGUUGUCAUCCACAGCCAAAAGUAUGACUGACCUGAGGAAGAACUACCUUGAUAAAUCUACUAAGGAUAAGAAGAAAGGGAAGAAGGAGAAAAAAAUUACUCAACCAGAGGCGAAGUACAAUGUCUACGGAUAUGCACCGGCGCUACAAUACUGGGCCUUUGAGGUGAUGCAGGAUUUGGGGAAGAAGUACGGGCAGUGCAGAGGGACUAGAUUCCCUCGAAUGUUGAAUUGGAGCACCCCCAACACAGUUACGAAACAUGAUGUCAAGCAACCUGAUGUCGCUACCCUAUUCGAGAAAAGGAUGGUUGUUCUUCAAAUUCUGUAUCCUAGGAAUUGGGAGGUGGACUAUUGGAAGAGCAAUUGUGAGGGUGAGGUCCCCACGGUGGAAAUGGGGUUGGAUGAGGUCGAAGAAACGCAAGUCGGGGCGCAAGAUUCGACCGCAUUCCAGACCCAAGCCGAACGGGUGGCGGAUUAUGUGAAAAAGUCCAAAAUUAUUCCACCAUCCCCACCCAAAGAAGCACCAGACGCCUCCACAUCUGCCACCGUGCCCCCAACGCCUGCCACUGUGCCCCCAAGCUCUGCUCCAGCCAAUGACUCCAACUACCUCUUGUUGGCUAAGAGGUUGGAGAAGGUAGAAGCGCAACAAGUUGCGAUUCUGACUGCGCAGACUGAGAUGAAGGCUGACUUCAAGAGAAGUCAGAAAGAGAUGAAGAAUCUUAUCAUGGAUCAAAUUGCGACCGUGAUAAGUUUGUUACAGAAGCAGCCUUCGGAGCCGACACAACCAUCAGGGCCGGCACAGCAAUCAGACCCCACACCAUCAGACACGGCAGAGCCAUUACAGACGGUACAUCCAUCACCGCCGACAUAUGAUGAUGAUGAUGAUGUCUACCCAGAAGAUUGGCAACCUGACGCAUGUGACGUUCCUUCUACUCCUGCAAACGCCAUUGUCAUUUCGCUGGGUGAUACUGAAUCUCAGGAUGUGGAAGAGUUGCAGGGGCCACCAGAUGGAGUGGAGUUCUGUAGGCUUAGGCGAAAGCGCAAGCCGGUUUUCUUGAAUGACUACACUGCUGGGAAGAAGAAACAACGACAUGGGCCCGUGGUAGUAGACACCCUGAAACCGGCGGACGCCCGGCUGUUAAAAUUUUUCCAGAAGUGGAUCACUUAUGCUAGGGACAAUGGCCGUCCUAGGGAUGUUCACACUGGCGAAGCCACUAGAUCGUGGUUCGUGAAGUUGAUGGUGCUGAACGAAUGGCUCGAAGAUGCUCAAAUUGAUGCCAUGGCGCACUUAUUGAGAAGAAGACGGACCCUGUACCCAGAAGUCUACACCCGAAAAGGUGUAGUUUUGGACACAUCUGCUCCACAGUUCUUUUCCAUGUUUUGGAAUAUGUGUGAGGGUGACAGGAGCAAGAUGAAAUGGGAUGAGAGCGUCAUGAGUUACGUGCAGGGGAUACCGCACAGAUACUUGCCAUGUUGGGAGAAGCAGGAGUACAUAUACUUUGUGUUGCACCUUCCCAAAGAGCGCCACUGGGUGGCAGUUGAGGUGGAUAUCGAGAACUGGGAGAUCAUUGUAUAUGAUUCUGAUAUCGGUGCCACCGUUGAGGCAGCCAUGGAGUCAUAUUUGAAGCCUUACAGCGAGCUCUUUGCAAAUCUAAUUCGAGAUAGCGGUUAUUUCCAAUACAAUAAUUAUGUACAUCCGGUGGAGUUGGGCGAUCUCAGUCAGCUCCUACCCCUCCAUUAUAGACGAGCUACCUCGGAGGUUGUACCACAAACGAACAGCAGUGGCAAUUGUGGAAUGUAUGCCAUGGAGCACAUUGAGCACUUGAUGCUGGAUCGGUCGUUGGAGCAUGUGCAUGAUGAUAACAUGCUCACCUUUAGACAUAGGUGGUGUGUGGACCUAUCUUACCAGAACUUAACGUGGUAGUUUUUUGUAGGUUUUUGCAAUGUUAAUCUUGUACACAUAAACUCCCCUUUUGUAAUUGUAUUAUAAUCUCACCAAAUUUAUAUAUAACAAGUAAAUUUAAAGCUA